GAAUUCUACCACCCCUUAUCGAGGUGGUUUCUCCCUGUGACACCAAUUUUCCACUUGACAGUUCCUACCAGAGAGUACGCCCAUUCAUCACGUAAAGUCCUUACGUGUCAAGGCGGCUCUAUGUGCGUCAUUUCACCACCACCUUAGCCGCCAUUGUGGAGAAGACUUGAGGCAUGGAGAGGUACUACAACCAAGGAGGUCAACACCGCGGCAGUACGGGCUCGACUGCCACGCUUUCCACGAGCAGCUCGCUUGACUCCUCGGUCUCCUGGGAUGCCUGCACGUCUGUUGUCUCCUUCAGAUCAGAGCGAGACAAGCAAGGCAUGAGAAUACGCUUCGAGCCGAGACUAGCUAGCGCCAUUAUGGCAGCAGCGACAUCUAGCGAGAGGGAUGUGAUGGGCAAACUUGCAGGCUUGUCCCAAGCGGUAGGAAGUGCCCAACGUAAAGGUAAGAUGACGGGAGGAAUGAUCCCAGGAAAGAUCAUGUCGCAGGUGCAGGCCCUGGCUACCCCGGACAGUAUCUCCACUCUGGACAAGAUGGGCAUGCUGACCAAACUCGGACCCCUCGCUCCCGUCCUGAUAGGCAUGUCGGGAAUGAACAAAGGUGGCAAGAAAGGAAGCAAAAAAGGCGGCAGUUUCUUCAAGAAACUAGGAGGGAGUAAAGGAAAAGGCAACAACAUCGACCUGGGCGCGCUGCAAAAGCUGGGGUCCCUGCUGGGCGGUGGUGGGUCCUCCGGGAUGGCCGGGAUGGCGGCAAUGGCAGGAGCUAUGGGCUCGAAGAUGCCGGGUUUGGGAGGCGGUGGAGGCCGCGGAGUUUUCAACCCUGCGGACGGGCUGGAUAUGCAGGACGCCCGAGCGCUGGCCGGGAUGGCGACCCGGUCUGAGAAGCAACGGGGACCGCAAGGGCGCGGGUUCAAUCCCUCAGACGGGCUGGAUAUGCAGGACGCCCGAGCACUGGCCGGGAUGGCGACCCGGUCGGAAAACCCGGGACAACGGGGUCCGCAAGGGCACGGCUUCAACCCUGCAGACGGGUUGGACAUGCAGGACGCCCGAGCACUGGCCGGGAUGGCGACCCGGUCGGAGAUGCCAGGACAACGAGGACCGCAAGGGCGCGGCUUCAACCCUGCAGACGGGCUUGAUAUGCAGGACGCCCGAGCACUGGCAGGGAUGGCGACCCGGUCGGAAAACCCGGGACAACGGGGUCCGCAAGGGCGCGGGUUCGAUCCCUCGGACGGACUGGACAUGGAGGAUGCCCGAGGGAUGUACGACGCGUAUAGAGGACAGUCUGAAGGACGUGCCGGUGGUUAUAGAAACCAGUCGGACCCGAGGGGCGCUCCCUCGGGAUACGACGGUCGCGGGGGACCGAGGUUUGACAUGAGUGACGGGAUAGAUAUGGAAGAUAUGCAGGCAGUAGCUGGGAGGGUAGGAGGGAGGUAUUAGAAAACAGCCUUCCGAAAAUAUUUUCGUCAGGCUGGUAGAAUAUAGGAUAUAGGAGAAUUUUACACCAGAAUUUAUAUCAUCGUAAGCAAAGUAAGUACAUUUUAAUUGUGUAAAAAAGUUCUCAAAUAUCCCAUUAGAAAAUAACCCUCCAAACUUUGGAUUUUUACGUACAGAAGUAUGUUUUAAGGGCUUACGUAUCGACUUAAAAGGUUUGCUUAGAAUUGAAUAUCAUGAAACAGAGCCGUAGUCUAAUUCAAGAUAGUGAUAUACGUUUAUAACAGUUAUGAUUAGUGUAAACAGUGUUAGAUAAAGAUCUAUCUUUUACUUAUAUAUUUUUCAGCAGCUUACUAAUACUAUAUAGUAUAUUACGUAGUUAUGUAUAUGUUACACAUACUAGUAAUCUUAAACAUAGAUGUAUAUGUUUCAGCAAA